CCUACGUUGUAGAUGACUGACUAAUUUAUCUUAGAAAGCAACCCUCUUGAUGGUCACGGUUCAGUCUAACGAUAAUUUUUUUCAACACUGUUGUGACGUUUUACUUUUCGGAGGUCCGUAAUAUAUUUUGUUGAUUUUUAGGUUUUUGAAAAAAUUAUUCUCAGUAUUCAUAUGUAGGGAAUAUCCCUUAUCUUGUUCACCCUCCUGUUUAUAAAUUGUGGUAGUUUUGGAAAAUUUUUGACGUUUACUCCCUCAUCAAACUAAAAUUUUUAGGUCAUUACUUCCAAAAAGCACAGGUUAGUAAGUUUUACUGAUGAUCACUCCUGCUUACUCAAUCCAUGAGCUUAGACUACAUAAUUAUUUACUAGGUUUUAAAUUGUCAGCGUCAUUUUUCGCUUGUCAUUAUCAAAAUGUAUAGCUCACAUUGGUAAAAUUAACUUUGAUAUUCAUAUUUGUGUAAAAUGUUACGAUUCAUCAUCACAUUAUUUAUUAUCUGAAAGCCAUGAUACAAUGUAAUUGGUUGGAUAUGCUUGUGGCAGAAUUGGUUUUUUGUUUUACUGUAAGUCAGGUGUUCUCAACUGAUUUCAAGAAUGUAGUAAGUUUGACCGAAUUUUGCAGAAUGCUGCUUUCAGUUGGUUUUAAUUGUUUGAUAAUUAGUCUCCUGUCAUUAUGUCCUGAAAAUCUCAAAUUCAGUUUGGUGAUGAUUUUAAAUUCUUCAUGAUUUUGUUCCAUUAUCGAGAUAUUUCAGUAUCAUUUUGAAAAGUAUGUUAUGCUAAAAGUCAUCAGAUUCGUCUAGUUAUCUAACAAAUUCUUUAUUGAAGAAGUUAUCACACGGAUUUUGACUUAAUUAUCAUGAUCGAAUCCAAAUUUUAUGUUGAUAUUUAACCUUAUUCAUUCUGUAUAAUUUUUAAUUGACCUAAUUUUAGAGUAGAAAUUAACCACAGGCUUUCUAAGAAUUUUUUUGAUUUGAUCAUCCCAUCAUGUAUAGAACGACAGCAGAGAUUGUUGGUCGACAAUAUGUUGGAAAUUCAACCACCAAAUCAGGUGCUGAACAAGAAUCAUGUUUAUCAGCUUUAAUGGCUCUUCGUCGGUCAUUGUUGUCUUACAUCAAGACUCAGAAACUAAGGAAAAAAGAACAGAACGAUCAUGACAAUAUAUACAUUUAUCGGUGUAUUCGUCCAAAAUCAUCAGUUUGGAGAUUGCGUAUUCUCGCCGGUCUACAUUUCAUUCAGCCAUUUUUUAAGAUCCAAAAGUUAACCAAUUGUGAACCAAAUAAAUUUACGUGUAUAUGCUUAUUAGAUGGUUGGAAGUAUACGGAAAAUAGGUCUAUCUCAGCUAAAAAAGCACAAAAUGCUGCAGCUCAAUCAAUGCUGAAUAAUAUGAAUAAAAUUGAGAACAAAUGUUCAACAAUUCCAUUUUAUGAUAAGCAAUAUGAUGUUACAUCAAAAGGUGUUCGUAAACAAAAUCAUAAACCAUGUAAAAUCAAACUACAAUUUAUUCAGCAUCGUGCUUUUGAUGAAUCAGUACAUCCCGUGUGUAGAUUGGAAUCUUUCAGAAUUGUUAAUAACUUGGAUAAAGUAAAAUAUACAUUAUUAAAUGAUCAAUUACCAAGUGGAGAACAUAAAUCUUUAGCACCCGGUCGUCCUCCAUUUAUCUAUCAGCUUGAAUUCUCAAACAUGUGUAUUCAAGGCCCUGAAGCGAAUAAUAAACGUCUAGCGAAACGACUUGCUGCUGAAUUACUCCUUACUAAAUUGGGAUUAUCUAAUGAAAAAUCAUCUAAUGUCAAGAGUGUUCUUCGAAGUAAAGUUAUCGAAUUGCUCGACAGUAAUACUCAUGAUAUUAAAAGUGUUUCAGAAGAUCUGUCCUGUGGUCUUGUACCAGAAACUGUCAGCAAGGUACACAAAUCGUUUUCUUCCAUAGAAAAAUCAGAAGAUCAGUCACAGGAUACCAUCUCUAACGAGGAACAUCAUGUGAACUUCAGUUGUACCAGUGAUACUCUUAUAUUUGAUGAGGAAUUAGUGGACCCUGUUUUGUUGCGUAAAAGAACAUCUCGUCCCUUGAAAAGAAAAGAUGUACAGUCUAAGACAAUACGUAAUAGCUCGAUUCCGCGUUCUCACUCGAGUAUAAAUCUUUCAGUCAAUGAAACUUAUAACCUGCUUCAAAAUUAUUCUCCUACAUCAACUGAUCUAUCGUUGGUUAGUUAAUUAGUGUUUUACCCUUUCAACAAACGGUUGUAUCAAAUAUUUCUCGCUUUGCGAAUAAAAGCCUUAAUACCAUACAUAAAU